AUGGAGGGCACCGCAAAUUUGGUGGUGUAUCGUAAUGGUGAGAUAAUACGUAAUACUCAUGAGGGAGUGAGAUUUGUGUCCCAGAAUCUAUUUUCGUUUGUGGUUCCAUGCACGAUGACGUUAAUGGAGCUGCAGAACGGCCUCUGUCAAAACAUGGAGAAUGGUACGUUAAUGAGAGUGAGCAGAAUUCUGUACCGGAAUCCGAUUGUAGUUUUUGGUGGUCUAAUACGAUUUGAUACCAUGCCGAUCACGGAUAAAGCGAGUAUGCAGAAUAUGUUUCAAAUUCACCGACAGACACAUAUGCGACACCCACAGAUUGAGUUGUACGUUGAGUUUGAAGCUGUAGAGGCAGUAGCGGUCCAAAAUGAUAUAGAUGUAAAUGAUGAUAGAGCUGCAGUGUACGAAGGAAUGAAUAAUGACAGCGAAGAGGACUUCGAAGCCACUUAUGAAGCCGGCGACGAAGAUGAGGAUGGUGAUGUGGGAGUUGAGGCAACAGCAGAGAAUGUAGUGGUUCAUCCCUCGAGCAGUCAACCGAUGGGCGUUCCACCUUUUAUGCGUGAGUUGGAUCUCGACGCCAUGCAUACCCCCGAGUUUCUGGAAUAUGCAAACAUAGGAAUUGCUGAUCUUGAGGACGGAGAGUUCCGGAUUGGAAUGGAAUACAGUUCUAGAAAGUCGGUUGUCGCAACGUUCUAUGCAAAAUACAAGAUGUACGGGCGUGGAUGUGACUGGCUUAUCCGAGCCAGCUUGAUAUGGAAAAAAGGUUGUUGGGAGAUACGCAGAUACAACGGUAGGCACACGUGCACAAUCGGAACGAUUUCACAAGAUCAUUCCAAGUUGGACUCGGAUACAGUUGCUGAGGAUAUAAGGCCAUUGGUCGAGACGGACCCGUCCAUCAAGAAGAUUCCUGGUUCAGUUGUCCAAAUAGAAACACGACCACUGUACAACGGGAAUGAGGAGGCACAAGGUGUAAAAAUACUUCAUCGUAUAUUUUGGAGUUUCAAUCCAUGCAUCAGGGCAUUCAGGCAUUGCAAGCCCCUGAUUCAGGUUGACGGCACACACCUAUACGGAAAAUACAAAGGUACACUUCUAGUCGCUGUUGCACAAGAUGGGAACCAGAACAUUGUGCCUAUCGCCUUUGCAUUGGUGGAAGGGGAGACAGCUAAUGCGUGGCACUUCUUUCUCAGGAAUCUGCGAACGUAUGUUGUUAGAAAAGAUGGUGUGGGUAUGAUCUCAGAUCGGCAUGAGUCAAUACGGGCAGCAGUUAAUCGUUCCGAUGGUGACUGGCAACCUCCAAGAGCAUGGUGGAUGUUUUGUAUAAGACACAUCGGCAGUAACUUCUUAAGGGCAUUCAAAGUCCCUCACUUGCAGAAGAUUGUUGUCAACAUAGGGUAUUCAAGAACGGUGGAGGAGUACAAUAUCAACUAUAAGAGGUUGGAAGAGCGAGGCGAGGCAUAUGCCAGGUGGUGCGAUGCCAUCGGACUCAGACAUUGGGUAUUGGCAUUCGACGAGGGACAUCGAUGGGGUCAUAUGACAACGAACCUUGUCGAGUGCAUUAACUCAGUGUUGAAGGGUGUCCGUAAUCUACCUGUGUUGGCGCUGGUCUGA